AAGUUUUCCUGAUCCCUCGUCACAUGGUUUGUCAUUAAGGUGCCGAGCACAGGCCCUUGUCUGGACUGCCAUCAGAAAUGUAAAUAGUCGCGUCUGUGGGGCAUUGCAGUGAGUCACGGGGAUCUGCUCGUACUCGGAAGCACCACCAACACGAGGGAGAAAACAAACAUAAGGAAGGCGGAGGAAACUGGCUGCGAUGCGCACGCGACGACUUCUGCUUAUGGAUAAGUUUCUGGGACACUUCGUUUGUUGGGAUCGAUGUUGUUUUUAAAAUGGGAACGCGAGCUUGGAAAAGGGAAAAUAAAUGAGCGCUGGAUUUAACCGUGAAAUUGUAGCCAUUCCAUCUGGCAAACGACUGCCACACCUUCGUCCGUGUAACAGGUGCUCUACACAACUGUCCAGAUGGGUUGCAGUUGCUGUAGGAUGAUACAAAGUUAUAUCUAUGACCCUUCAGUCCCCGUGGAUGUUCCUGGUCUUAAGCGCGACCCCACCAACAGCUCUUUGUAUCAGUCGCACAAAUUCCCAGAAGAGUCGGAUCACAUCAGCAAAAAGCAGGGCUUCCACAACUUGGGUUACAGCACCCACCCUAGCACUACCAAACUUGACAUAGACAACAACCACAUAAACCGGCUCCACGCUCAGGAUGAGAGGGUCAGGACGAGCCAACCUGAGAGUGACUCGAACCGAUACAUCCUCAGGCCCGAGGACGAGGGGAUGCCGAUCAAGGUGCCCCCCGUCUUAUGCGACGAGCCGAUGUUGGGAACGGGACCGUUCCAGCGGGAAGAGAGUUUCAGAGACUCCGGGCUUGGGAGUGGGGGAAUUUUAGAGGGAUCCGAUGGAUAUCCUUUCGGACAAGAAGAGGACUAUGAGGAGAUGAAAUGCAACGUGGCCAGUACGACAGACACGGCCGAUGAGGAGAGCAUUCUGUCUGUGGAUAUGAACACCAGCACCAUAAGUCUCUCCUCAGCGGACACCAAGCUUGUUAUAGAGGACAGAGAUGAGAAAGAGCUGUCAGAGCAGGAAAUAGAGAACGAGAACGAUGGGGUGAGCCUCACAGACUCGAUGGUUGCCGAAGCCCUGGCCGCUCUGGAUGCGGCGACUGAAGGAGAGGAUUAUGAGUGACGGGCAGGUGAGAGAGGGUGCGGUACUGUUCAGUGUAGAUAUGGUACAUUUCCAUACUUACUCCCUCGCACCCUGCGCAUUUGAAUAUAGCCAAAAUAAUAGCUCUCAUAAAAUGAAACUUUCCUACAGUCUGUUCUGUAGGGGCCAUUUUAACUUUAAAAUGAAGGACUUGACAACAGAAGCUGACUGUUGUUUACACAGAUCUCGGUCUGCAGACUUGCUUGGAAAUUAAGGUCAUGUGUGAAUGUUUUGUCCUGCGAUUUAGUGGACAAACUUGAGAUGCAACCACUGCCGCAUCAUUUUCCAUAGUACUGUUUUAUACACAUUUAAAUUCAGUAUGUAAUACGCUCUAUUUUCAGAUAUUUCUCAGCACAACUGUGUGACAGUAGUUUAUUUCUUUAAUGGCAGUGGUUCAAUAAAUAUACUUUAAUUUUCAGACAUUUUCUGUACAAACAGAGAGUGAAAACCAAAUAACAAGCCAAUGUCCCGGUGUUGGGUUUCUUAUGUACUUCCUGUUGUACUUUUAGACAUUUUAUAAUGAACAAACUUCUAUAGACUGAAAUCAAGUUCAUAAUUUAAAUAAUUAAUGGCAAUGUCAAUAUGCAGGUUUUUUGCUUGUUACACUGUGAAUACAUCAUCCAUAUAAUCAUCAUAGAAUUUUAAGACGACAUUUGGUAUAUUUGUGGUCACGAACAUGUCCGAGUCAUAUUUCACCCCAAAAUGAAGAAUUAUAUUUUGCAUAAAGAAGCAAAGAUGAGUCCUAUUUUUUAAAUGAUUGAUUUAAUUAAAAUAAUGUAAAUAAGUCACAACAAAUACACACAAAUACUAAAGAAUUUAAAUGUUUUUAUUUAAUUAUUUUGAUUUUUUUUGCAUUGUAGAAUAAAAGGAUGUGAUUACUUAUUAUGAAAAUGUCAAUGAAUAAA